AUGCCGGCGAGAUCAUCACUCACCUCGUCCUUCUCAAUUACCGAUGCGAACAAUGAGGUCGUUUGUCCGCUGCGCAAUCAAGAUGGCUCCAGCUGUCGCAAGCGAUGUAUCGGGGAAAAACGGUACCGCUCUAUGCAGGAGCAUAUCCGUCGCGCGCACCCGGAGCAUUACAUUGCGAAGCUGCCCGCCACUGAGGAGAGCUUCCUGCUCAUGAUCAACACUUCUCCGACCGAGCGACCUCAAGCCCAGCCGACAAUGGCCCCGCCCCAUGCACACCAGAACAAAGGAGCUCCACAAAGCUUCCGCCAGGAUGAACUGAACGGCCCAGGAACCCCACGGAGGUUCGAGGAAUACUCUGGUGGCGCCUUGUAUCCUGCUGCUGCUGCUCUCGCUCAGCUUCACAGCCAUAAAAACGAUUCUGGGUGGGACUCAGAUGGGGUGCGUGCUGGACAAUCUUCCACCCAGGCCGUGUCUCACGCACUCGCUGACACUGAACUACAGGACUGGCACUCCGACACCGAGGGGAUGAGGAUAUCAAGGUCAUCGAUGGAACUUCCGCCAAUACAGUAUUCGACCGCCGAUAUAACAAGCGCACCGCUCCCCAGUCUCGACAUGGGGAGACAGCGCGAAUUCCUCCCCUCAAUCCUGGCCCAUUCACCUCCCGGCCGUUCUUCUACUCUCCCGCCCCUUCAGCGAGCUCUGGGUCCCAGCCGGCCGAGAAAACAGUCGAUUUCCAAGAGAAGCCACCACAGAAGGAAGUCCAAGGGUCCUGGGUCGGAGUGGCUGCGUCGAAUACAGAAUGAAGGCAACCCUGACCUCCUGCGGCCUGGCAGUCAUGAUCGGAAGGCCUAUUCAGCAGAGCCGUCUGGAGACUAUGGUAAGCGCUGGGAGGACCUCAUCGAUGCGGCGGCGUCGGCAACGGAAGACAUAGAUGAGGACAGAACUCCUGUGAGUCUCAAGUUCAAUUCGAUGGUCGACCCGCGCCUGACGAGCCAGAUGCCGCAAUCGCCUGUAUCGAUCCAGAGGUCCUCCUUGCCGCCUUUCGCUCAGAACGCUUUCACAAGCUACCAAGCUUCCCCCCUGCAGCGAGCUCUCACACCUCCGUCGUACAACCCUGAAGCCCCUGAACCAUUCCCGUCGGUCGAGAGCGGUGAAGGCGGGGAUAAUUUCCAUAUCGAAUCGCGGGGCCUGUCAGACUCAUCCCCGAGUUUCUCGUCCCAAAACACUCAGAUCUACUGCGCUGCCUGCCAGGGGAUCUCCUUGCUGAGGGAAUCGUAUGCAUGCACCGAGUGCAUAUGUGGCCUCUGUCCGGCCUGUGUUGAGGUCCUGAUGGGCGAGCAAGGCGCACGCAGGAAAUGUCCCCGGUGCGCCACGAUCGGAGGCCGCUUCAAGCCGUUCCAGCUCGACAUUCGGUAG